AUGUUUGAAGAAGUCUUUGAGCGCUGCUUUAUCUGCCAGGGACCGUCUAAGGGGCUCUAUUGCUCCUCGGACUGUCGCCAGAAGGACCAGGGUAUGAUGUCUCGUGCAGCCCCAGAGUCAGGCGGCGUGCAUAUCACUUACCAAAUACCUCCCGCGCUCAGCCCGCAUAUGCGCCCCCAUUACCCCUCGGGCCUCUCGCUACGGAGUACCAAGCCACGCACAACGAGCAAUAGCACGUCGUCGGGCUCUUCGUCGGCUGUUUCAUCGCCCCUGCAAUCACCACGGACAAACCCUACAGAGUUGGACUCGCCCCAGAAGGGUCUGUUCAACCUGCCGCCCCCGGCUUAUCCGUCCAAGCAAUCGUUUGGCGUGACGUCGUCGGUACCCAUGAAGAUUCCAUCACUAGCCUCGCGGACGUCGCCCGUAUUUUCGGCGGUCGGCACACCAGGAUCAGUGGGAUCGACAGUGUAUGCCAACAAUGCUUCGAUCGACACACUACGGUUCGGGCGUCGGCCUGCUGCUGUUAACAGCGUAACAUCGCCGAAUGCCCUCAUCCCCCGAUGCGCCUGUGGCUUGCCAGCAAACCACAAGGGACGGUCAACGAGCAAGGACCGAGCCGACCUGUUUGACUCUGGCUUCUCCCGUUUAUCGCUCAACCCCUCUGGUACAGCAAAGGAAGAGCCGAUAAGCCGUUCGCUGCGAAUCGUUUCCGACUCUGCUAUUCCUCCGUUCACGCUCUCGCCAAAGGUGAUGGCCCAGGCAAUCACGCCGAAUACGCAUGUGACGCCGUUGAAUAUCUCUGAACACCCCUCGCCUAUUGCGCCUACUACCCACCUCUCUCGAUCCCGUUCCGACCCCAUCCCUCCUUCCCCUGAACAUGACCGUAUUCCCCCAGCACCCGUCGUCUCGAAUAUCGCUCCUCCCCGCCGCCAGAGUGUCAACCCUACUCCUGCAAACUGCCCGGGUAGGGAGCACUGUUGCUCUGGACUGAGGCAGAGCACGCAUGCGCUCGGCGUGACGGAUGUUGAAUCGCCCAGGAGGGGACGGAGCCGGGAGAGGACGAGCCACGAGGACAGUGAAGAUUGCUGCAUGGUCACUCAGACCCAGCAUGGCGUCCUUAACCACCCGCCAGAACGAGAGGCUGCCCCAUCUCGAUCCCGAAACAGGCGGGACAGCGCGAGGCGGAGUGGCACGAGGUCGAGGUCGAGGGUGAGGGAGAGGUCGCGCCCUAGGGAAUGGACGAGGGAAUUCGGCAUGUCGAGGGAACGGCCUGCAGAUGGCCAGAUCUCGCCCAAGCACCACCACCUCUCGCCCAGGCAGUCUGAACCGCAGAUCCUGCCUAGUUGGUCUCGCCCGCAGGGGCUCGGCCUUGAGAAUGGUGUGGCCCCGGGCAUGCGCCGGACGGGGAGCGGGCAGGAGAGGCGACGUGAAGGCGAGAGGGAAGGCCGAGAGAGGGGCAGGGGGGGAAGUCAGGAGGAGGAGAGGAGGGCGCGAAACCAGUUUGGACAAGUGUUUGGCGUUGCUGCUGGAUAG